CUGAGCUCACAUCACCUGCGAAGAUGUCCUACACCUGCUGUUCCAGAAACUUCUCCUCCCGCUCCCUCGGGGACCACCUGCGCUAUUCAGGCGCCUCCUGUGGCCCCUCCUUCCCCAGCAACCUGGUCUACGGCGCUGACCUCUGCCCUCGCAGCUCCUGCCAGCUGGGCUCCUCUCUCUACAGCCAGGAGACCUGCUGUGAGCCCAUCAGGACCCAGACGUUCCGUGUGGUGUCCCGUCCCUGCCAGACGUCCUGCCGCCGCCCGAGGACCCCCACGUUCUCCAGUCCCUGCCAGACGACUCUCCCUGGGUCUCUGGGCUUCAGGUCCAGCAGCUGCAGCUCCCUCAGCUCUGGAUCCAGAAGCUGCUACGCAGUGGGCUGUGGACCCCGUGGCUUCAGACGCCUGGGCUAUGGCAUCUGUGGCUUCCCUUCCCUGGGCUGUGGAUCCGGAUUCUGCCGUCCAACCUUUGCCUCCAGGAGUUGCCACUCUUCUUGUUACAGGCCAACCUGUGGGUCUGUCUUCUGUUGAUCAGCUUGUGAAGAGUUCAGAUGUUUUGAGCAAUGUGUCCAAUCUCUGAACAGAGCUUCUAUCAUCUUCAUGAUCUUCAGGAAGAUUAAGGACUUAUCACAUUUUUCCCAGUCAUAAAUUACUGACCAAAAAUGGUCUGCCACACAUAUUUAAUGAUUAAUUUUAUUGAUUGAUUUACUGAAUGCAUUAAUGGAGUUAGUAAAAUGAAUGCAAUAUAUUGCUAGAUCAAUUAAUGAAAUUUAUGUUAAGAAACGAAUUAAUGUUAAUGAGUUAAUGGAAUCCUUGUUCAUGUAUUCACAGAAUACAUAAAAG